AUGGUGGACACUCGCAAUGACUGCCGUGAGGAAAACGCUCCACACGGCACCUACAACCAUUACAAAGCCCUAUAUACCGGCUUCAUGAUGUACAUGUCUUGCGUGAAUAUUCUUUACUUUACUCUCUUCGCCAAAAGGGACAAAUCACCUUUGCUCGCUUAUAAAUACAUUGGCAUUGGUACCACUGGUUUUAUUAUGCUUGCCGUUGCCUACCGCCUCGUCUCUCACGCCGAGUACGAACGACUCGAGAUGUGCUCGAUAACGAUAUGCACUACCCUUCUUUCCGCCAUGGUCAUGCCAUGUAUCCACACUGAAAUGCUAGGAUCCGGAUCCUGUGAAACCGACGAGGCUGCUACAUCUGACUGUUCCACGGGUGUUGAUAAGCUGCGGGAAACUAUGAGAUCUCUGGAACAGGAUCGUGAUUAUUUAGCAGAGGCGCUAAUACAGCAAGAUUGCAGGGCCCAGCAUGCUUUUGAAGUCUUCCGUCAACGACAGACAACACGAGCGAGACUAGCCUGUAUUGUUUUGAUCUCUAUUAUUGCGAAUGAUGGAGACGGCCAUUGA